UUGAGCGGGACGAGGAUGGUGAUGAGCAUGCCAGUGCCUUGGUUGAGCUUUGCUUCUCCUCCCCUGUUUACGGUGUCGGAGACGAAGGACACCGAGAGGUAUGCGCCGCUGACACAAGACCUUGUCCGCGAGGCUCUGAGGAAGGACAAAGGCGAGGCGGCUCAGCUGGUCUCGUGGAGGUGCAAGGACUUCACCAACAAGGGCGACAACUACGCCUGCUUUGUGACCAGCGUCAGUGUCCAGUACAAGGAGGAAGGACAAGCGGAGCCCCGGCAAGUUUCGUAUGUGGCCAAAAUUGCCCACCAGGUAAAAAGCGUCAUGAACAGCCUGAUGAACGAAGUGUUCCUUAAGGAAGGCGCCAACUUCACUGAGAUCCUGCCGGCAGCCAACGAGGCCCUGAAGGAGCUGCACAUGGACCCCAUCAGGACCGCCAAGGGCUACUCCGCCUCGUACACGCUUGGGCAGGAGGUGCUGAUACUCGAGGACUUGAGACAACGACACUUUAAGAUGCACUACGAGAGGCGGCGGGGCUUGGACGUGCCGCACGCCACCCUCGUCCUGCAGGAGCUGGGCAGACUCCACGCGGCCUCGCAGCUACUAGAGACGAGGAUGGGUUGCACGCUGACAGAGAAAUGGCCCAUCCUAAAAGAAACGUGGUUCAGCGACAACUACGGGAUGACUGAACUAUUCCAACAUAUGGUUGUGGCUCAGAUGGAAGCGUCGGCCGUGAUCAUGGAGCAGAUUCCAAACUGCGAGCACGUGGUUGAGUGGAUCAGGAAGACCAAGGCCCUUGGGAUGGACAUCUUCAUGAAUGGCAUUGGUCCUGCCGGCAAGUUCACGGCGUUGACGCAUGGAGACUGUUGGACCAACAACAUUCUCUUCAGGUACGACGAGGCGGGGGCGCCAGUGGAGGUGAUGCUGGUGGACCUGCAGGCUACGCGGAGAGUCUCGGUGGCUGCCGACCUCUCCUACUUCCUCUACUCCAGCUUCACCGGGGACGUUCGCAGGAACAACCUGGACACGUUCCUUGACACCUACUACGAUUCGUUCUGCGGCGUGCUGCGGGCGGCGCAGGUACCGUUGCCUUUCUCUCGAGAAGAACUUGGCCAGGAAUUCAUGAACAAGCUUACCUUUGGCUGUAUUUCCGGAAUUGUCUUAUUGCCCUGUGUACUGUGUGAGGACCAGGAUGUGAUGAACUUUGUGGAGAUAGAUGAAGAAAACAUGGACCAUAUGAGCAACCUCCGCCAAGAACAGAUCGUCAGGAUGGGCACCAGGAAGGAUGGACACCUGAAGGGCAGACUUGUGGACAUGUUUGACGAUAUGGUGCGAGCAGGAAUCAUCGUUGAUACUCCAUCUUCAUCUUAGUGGUGGUCCAGUGACUGCUGCUGGCUCCGUACAACAUCCCUGCUAUUGGCAGCCACUGCUUCCCGUUACAGUAAUGCAGUCGGCCCUCUAAUUGGGCUCUCUUGCGAUAAUCGCUUCCGUCUCCGAAGUGCUGCAGUAGAGCUGCUUCCUCGGCGUCCGCUGGUGUGGCAGGCAAAGCCUAUCCAUUUAGUCACUGGCACACCACUUCCACAUUUUUUGAAACAAAUUUACACUUUCUGAAGAGUGUUGGAGAGGGUGAACGUACCAGUGCAAAUUUGCCGUGUAGAUUGUGAGCACAGGUCACUCGGGAGUAUAUCCUGCGAGCGAGACUACUGGACACCCUCUGAUGACUGGACCCUUUGUCAUGCUUCCAUGUACCGGAAAUGUAUUUUUGUACGUAAAUACACUUUUUCCCACUGCACACACACACACACACACAUACACACACACACACGCACACACAUACACCCACUAGUGAUGUUUAUAAGUGUGAUAAGGUUAUCUGAGACAUUGGAUCUCAAAUACAAACUGCUAAGAUUAAUCUAUUCACGGUUUUAUUGGUGAUACCGAUUGACUGACUGGUUCAUAUUAUUAGUGUUAUCGCUAUCGCUAUUAUUACUAUUAUUAUUAUUAUUAUUAUUAUUAUUAUUAUUAUUAUUAUUAUUAUUAUUAUUAUUAUUAUUAUUGUUGUUGCUGUUUUCAUUAUAAUUAUUAU